AUGCAUUCGAAUGAAAAGGGACAUGAGGAGGGUGAAUCUGUGAUUGUUAAUCUCCCGCAGUCCGGGUUGGAUCGUUCAGAGGGCACUGCUCAUCUGAAUGCAACUGACAUUAAGCGAAGAAAAGAGCUAGCCAAUAACGUGCACUUGCCUGUAAUAAAAAGUGUAACUCUAGCUGGUACUUAUGUUCUUGCGAGUAUGGCUUAUUACUUUUGUAUUAGUUACAGCAAAUUAAACUAUAUCUACAGUGUCGCUCCCCUUGUCGCGAUGACCGAGGUGGUGAAAAUGGCGAUAUGCAUUGCGUUGAAAUACUGCAUCGACGGUGAACUUAUUCCACAAACUAUUCUCCUCUCUGAUACCCGUGGCGAAUUAUGGAAGAGAGGUCUUCCAUACGUGAUCCCUGCGUUUCUAUACGCUGUGUACAACAACAUGACCUUUAUCAAUCUGGAUAACUUUGACCUGGGCACGUACCAAGUGUUCAUGCAGACGCGAAUUUGGUUUACCGGUAUCGUGUUCACAGUGGUACUGGGACAAGCAUUGAGUUUGAGGAAGUGGUUGGCGUUGACCUUGUUGGCCUUCGGUGUGACACUAAAGUACUUUUCUCCAUCAACGUUUGAAAUGGGAAGCUGGGUAGGCAUCGUGAUCCUUCAGGCCUUCAUCUCCUCGCUUGCUGGUGUGUACAACGAGUAUAUGUUUAAGAAGGACCCUGGCUUCUCGAUACACAUGCAGAACUUCUUCAUGUACUUCUACGGCAUUGUAUUCAAUAUUCUGUUUGGCGUCGUGCUGGUGCCAAAUUUUGGUCGUGAACUCACUGUUGGCAUCAGUCAAACUCGUAUUUUCGUUGUAAUCGUGCUCGUCGGUGCGGUAACAGGGAUCACAGCUUCGUUUAUCUUAAAAUUCACUAACAUUAUUGUGAAGGCCCUUGCAUCCGGGGUUGAAGUGCCACUAACUGCGAUCAUGGCUGCAAUCCUGCUAGGGGAGAGAUUGUGUGCGCAAGACGUCGUUGCCGCGGUGAUGGUGAUGCUCGCCAUAUAUAUGUACUAUACCAAGGGGUUUGGGGACUCAAGGUUAAUCAACCUCAACUUUCGAAAACGUGAGCGGCUAAAUGUAGUAAGUCAAGAGGUGUAAAAUUCCUCGAACAAGGUGAUUCAUUCUACUGCGCCUAAUCCUAUCGCUCGUUGGAGUGUGAAAACGGCCUAAUUUGGAACAAAAGGGAUAAAGAUAACCUGGGUAGGGAUGCUUUUUAGUAUUAAGCAAAUGUUCAGGUAAGGAUAAAUUUUUUACUCUAGCGAGUAGGAUUCAUUCUGUAGGACUUCAUCUAUUUGCGCUACGAUUGCUAAUACAUCUGAUGUAGGUAGCGCGUGGGUGCUUUUGUUUGAAGUCAAUGGUCAUAUAAGUGGCUAAAAGCGUGGGGAGGAACAAGCACCUCAGAAGGGUUCAAAGUGGUGUAAUAACAGCACACAUGUUUUCGGUGUAUUAUAUGGUCAAAAAAAGUAUGGAAAU